GCUUGGUCUGUGAGCCUGUGACACUGGAAACCCCCACCGAGUGUGUGAACGAAGCAAUGCCGUGUGUCCAUAAAAAGGUUGUGUGAAAAGACAACACGACGUAAAGGGAACUAGAAAUCCGAAGCAAAAUGCCUCCAAAAAAGAAAAUGGGCCCUCCGGUCCAAUCUACGGAAAAGAAAGAGAAGAAGAAGAAGAUGCCCGGUCCUCCCGCUCCUCCUCCUCAUCCUCCAGAUCUUGUGUCGGAGGGCUCCGUGGUCAGUGAGGCAGCAAGUGACGUCAGCAUGAAAAUGAAAGCUCCUUCAAAGUUACAACGGCCGAUGAAGAAGGCACCAAAAGCAGUUGAAAAGAAACUUCCAUUCCAAAAAGCCUUGAUGCAGCAGUUUGAAGCCGCACAAAACACAACUGAAGAGUUAGCGGUAGAGUACGAAGGAGGGCAGAGAGCAUCACUGCUAUCAGAAAUCAGAUCUUUCAAUAAGAAAUCUCUGAAUGAUGCUGAAGCAGAUGAUCCCUAUUUGAGCGAAGUAUCAAACAUGACUGAGACAGAUGAGGAUGAAGAGAUGAUGAAUAUACAGAGACCAAAAAUUCCAAAAGGACCCAGGACGUUGGACCAGAAGAUGCUGUGCUUCAACUACUGGGACGGAGGCUCUUACCCAACUGACAAAGUCAAGUUCAUUGUGCUUCAACUGGACGUGAACGCGGAGAUGACCAUGAACUUUUCCGGAAUCCCUCAACUCACCGACUACACAUUUGCGCUGAUGUUGACAUCCCAGCUGGAAUAA